GCGGACCGAACUUCAGUUGAGCGCGAGCGUUUUCGCGGCGUUCUACAUUUGAAUAUAUUUUUUUUUAACCGGUUUAUUUUCGUUCGGAAACAUUUAUAACUUGCUCGCGCUUUUAGACUGUGAAAGUUUUUAGUGAUUGUGAAUAUUUAUUCGUAACAAGAAAUAGACUAGACACAACCACAAUGGAGCCCCUACUAGUAGAUAUCAUACAUUUCUACCCGGGGGAGAACGCACAACCGCAUAACACUAAAAGAUUUGAAGCCGUGAACAUCGACCCCCCAACCGAUAUCACCACUACCAUAGUGCGGCGCGGUCAACCCUUCAACGGCGUGCUCCGGUUCAACAGGCCCUACGAUGAGAGCGAUGACACCGUGCAGCUUGUGUUUUCACUAGGGGACAAACCCCAAAUGGACACGCAGGGGUCGAUUUUCCUGAAAAGAGACGCGGUGCCUGACAAAUAUUCUUGGAGCGCCAAAAUAUUGGAUGUGGGCGAUCAAGACAACACUAUAUCAUUUGAGAUUUCCACUCCAGUCAACUUGCCGGUCGGCAGCUGGGCAGUCCGAGUGGUUACCAGGUUGAAGAGUUCUCCAGCGCGAGAGGUGUAUGAUUUCGACCAGGAUCUGUACAUCCUCUUCAAUCCCUGGAAUCCAGAUGACCAAACCUACAUGGAAGACACCAACUUGCUCCAAGAAUACGUGCUCAAUGACAUCGGCAAGGUGUGGGUGGGACCUAUCAAGACCACGAGAGGGAAGCCGUGGUUCUAUGGACAAUUCGACGCUGUGGUACUGCCGGCGGUUAUGUUUAUGUUGGACAGAGCUGAGAUGCCUUUCCAUCACCGUGGAGAUCCCGUCAAGGUAGCCCGCGUCAUCUCCCGUAUAGUGAACUCCAACGACGACGGUGGUGUUCUGGUCGGUCGGUGGGACGGACAGUACGAAGACGGCACGGCGCCGUCGGAGUGGACCGGCUCCGUGGACAUCCUGGCUCAGUUCCUGGAGUUCCAGCAAGAGGUUCCUUACGGACAGUGCUGGGUGUUCGCUGGAGUUGUUACCACUGUUUGCCGCGCUCUGGGCAUCCCCUCUAGAGUGGUGUCGAACCUGGUGUCAGCACACGAUGCCAACAGCUCGCUGACAGUGGACAAGUACUACACCGAGACCAUGGAGGAGCUGGACUUUGACCCCAACAACCCUAAAGGCGCCGACUCCAUCUGGAACUACCACGUGUGGAAUGAUGUGUGGAUGGCUAGACCUGAUCUGCCACCUGGUUAUGGCGGCUGGCAGGCAGUAGAUGCUACUCCUCAGGAGACAUCUUCAGGGAUGUUCCAGUGUGGACCAGCGCCGUUGGAAGCCAUCAAGCAGGGCGUCAUCGGCUUGAACUACGACGUAGAGUUCAUGUUGGCUUCCGUGAACGCGGAUCUGAUGAGGUGGAGGAAGGAUCCCGAGUCAGAGACGGGAUACUCCAUGGUCGACACUAACAAUUACCAUAUUGGCCGCAUGAUCCUAACAAAGAAGCCCUUCGUGUUCGACCCUAACGGCGACGAGGACAGGCAGGAUAUCAUCGGCGAGUACAAACAUAACGAAGGAACUGCUUCAGAGAGAAUGGCUCUGAUGAACGGCGUGCGGUAUUCUGAAAGGGCAAAGAGAUACUACGCAGUGGCAGCCAACCUCACCAACGACAUCACAUUCAAGCUACGCGACAUCGACACCGUGCCCAUCGGCAAAGAGUUCAGGGUCGUCGUUGACAUCGACAACAAUUCUGAAGAGGGUCGCAACAUAAAAGCCGCUUUGACAGCGACCAGUGUCUUCUACAACGGAGUGAGGGCGGAGUCGGUGAAGAAAAUCGAAGGCAAAAUUUUCGUCGGUCCUUCCAAACAUGAAGAAAUCAGUAUCCUGGUUAAGCCGGACGACUAUCUGCCGAAGCUGGUGGAGUACUGCAACAUGAAGAUCUCUGCGAUGGCCAUUGUGGACGAGACCAAGCAGUCGUGGGCUGACGACGACGAUUUCCAAGUGCUGAAACCCAACAUUAAUAUUAAGUUCAACGAAGACCUGAUCAUCGGGCAAGCAGCCACUGCAGUGUUAUCCUUCGUGAACCCCCUGGACCGGCCGCUGACUGGCUGCGAGUUCAGGCUGACCUCGUCAGGUAUCGCCGGCAGAACCCUCCGCCUCGCCGCCUCUGAGGCUGGGCCGUCGCAGCUUCUGAGUGUUGAGCUGCCGGUACAACCAAAUAAAAUUGGUAAGAUCAACUUUGUGGCGACGUUCAAGUCUGCUGAACUGAAGGACAUAGAUGGCGCGGCGAGCGUCGAGGUCUUCGAAGGAUAAAGUUUCUAGUGUUAAAGACUGCAUGGAACCUCUUUAGGUUCACUUAUCAACAUCGUCAUUAUCAGCCAAUAGACGUCCACCAAUACUAAACAAUACGGCCAUACAAAAGACCAAGGUCUCGAGCCGCCAGCAUCCAGUGACUCCCUGAAACCCUCUGGAUAUCAUAAGCCCCUCAUAGAAGAUCUACAGUGUGCUUGUCAGUGUGGGACCGUCAUUCCAGCACCUUGGGACCCUAACAUCCAUCCUUAACAACUAUGUGCACUGCCCAAUAUCCAAUUCGUACACUUACAUGCGCAAUUAAAAUUGCUCUAUUUUUUUUUUUUUUUAUUCUUUACAAGUUAGCCCUUGACUACAAUCUCACCUGAUGGUAAGUGAUGAUGCAGUCUAAGAUGGAAGCGGGCUAACUUGUUAGGAGGAGGAUGAAAAUCCACACCCCUUUCGGUUUUUACGCGGCAUCGUACCGGAACGCUAAAUCGCUUGGCGGUACGUCUUUGCCGGUAGGGUGGUAACUAGCCACGGCCGAAGCCUCCCACCAGCCAGACCUGGACAAAUUAAGAAAAUCUCAAUCUGCCCAGCCGGGAAUCGAACCCAGGACCUCCGUCUUGUAAAUCCACCGCGCAUACCACUGCGCCACGGAGGCCGUCAAUUACACGUCACAACCACAUAAAACAUUUAACUGCACCUUCAACCAACCUGGAAAGAGUUGCUUCAAAGCUUAUUGAGCUUUGAAAAAAAAUAGAGCGACAACAUGGAUUCGAACAAUAUUACAGAAACAACGAAUUGCUCCAUAAAGUUCCCAUAAUAGUGCACAGGCAUAUAUGUCUCUGAGAUAUAUAAACAAGUCAGAUAAAUUUAUGAAAUUGCAUUUUCUAACUCGAUUCAGAUCUGGGUUACACCCUCCUGACAAUAAUUUACCCCUAAGUGUAAAGUUUCACUGCCAUACUUCGUGGUGACUACCUACCCCUUUCAAGGCCGUAAGCUACCCUCAUAGAUCUUCACUCUCAGAUGUAAUCGGUGUAUCAAAUAUUGAUCUAAGAUUUGAAUUAAAAACGACCUUCACCUAUCUGUUUAUUUGGUGGAAAGCAUUUAUAUAAAAUUUUUGGUCAAUCUGCUAUUAACUUUACUAUUUGCUAUUAACUAUUAUUAUAUGUAAUUCAUAUAGUAUUUGCAAGACUAGCUUCAGCCUUCAGAUCUGAUCAUCUAUACUUAUAUUAUAAAGAAGAAAUAUUUGAUUGUUUGUUUUGGAUAGGGCUCUGGAAUUACUGAACUGAUUUGACAAAUUCUUUCACUGUUGGUAAGCUACACUAUUCCCGAGUGCUAUAGGCUAUAUUUUAUCCCCGUAUUCCUACGGGAACGGGAACCACGCGGGUGAAACCGCGCGGCGACUGCUACUCUAUACUCUACGUUGGCGUAGGCAAGCGUACUGCGCACGCAUAUCAAAAUUAAUGUAUUAAUUGAUUAUGAAACACGACUAAAACUCACGUGAUAUCAGGUCGGAGUAUGCCCGACUAGUUUCGAAUCCAUAUGGGGUCCUUAGUCAUGAGCUGGUUCUGUGUGAGCUUCAGUUUGUAUCGUGCCGCGAUGCAAGAACCAGCUCAUGACUAAGGGCCCCGUAUGGGUUCGAAACUAGUCGGCCAUACUCCGACCUAAUAUCACGUGAGUUUUAGCUGUGUUUCAUAAUCAAUUAAUAUGAAUAAUACUCACGAUAGUUUAAAUUCUAAAAUGAAUGUACUCAUAGAUUUAAGUUAGUUAGUUAUAAGUAUUUUUUUAUACAUCAAAUUUUAUAGAACAUCUAAUAAUUUGGUUCUCUAUUGAGUACCUACGUUAUACGUAAUUAUGAGAUUAUUUAGUUUUAAUCAUGCGCCAUGCAAUAUAAACAUUAUAAAAUUUCGAAUUGGUAGCUUUAUACUUAAUAAACCAUUUUAAUACAAGUAAGAAAUAAAAUGUAUUGGUGUUAUAAGUAAAAAGAGAUAGUGGUAAGUAAAAAUAGCUAAGCAGUGGUAAAUAAAACUAAAAAUAUAGUCAGUGCAUUAUGCAAAAUCCGUUUGACUUAUUGUAAGUGGUCAGAUGACAGAUCAAGCCUGUUAGUGUGUAGAAUGUAGAUGGAUCCAGUAGCGGAUUUAUAGCCUUGUCCGCCCAAGGGCCCAAGUAACAGCCCCCCCUUUUAAGAACAAUCAUUUUAGAGUAUUGCGUUUUAGCAAAAUUAAUUUAUUUUGUAAUAAUUUCCGAGGACUUCGGGAUAAUUGUACGUUUAAAUAAAACACUGAAAACGGUUUUAAGUAUAAAAAAUAUAAUA